GAGCAAAGCAUGAAAGAGGAAAGUGCAGAGGAAGUAGUAUCUGAUGAAGAAGCUUAUCUGUUUGCCAUGGAGCUAGCUGGUGCCUCUGCUGUUCCCAUGGUUCUGAAGUCAGCCAUUGAACUUGGCAUCUUGGAAACCAUAGCCAAGGCUGGUCCUGGAGCUCAUCUUUCUCCUUCUGAAAUAGCUGCUCAGAUACCAAAUAUAAAGAACCCUAAUGCACCUGCUAUGUUGGACCGCAUGUUCCGCCUUUUGGUUAGCUACAACAUCCUCAAACUUCGAUUCCCCGAUGAUAAUAUGGCUGAAAGGCACUAUGCUCUUCACCCAAAAGCCAAAUACCUUGUCAACAAUCAAGAUGCUGUCUCUGUGUCUGCUUACUUUCUCAUGGAACACGACAAAGUCCUCACAGAAAUGUGGUACAAGUUGACAGAAUCAGUUGAGGAGGGUGGAUUUCCAUUUAACAAUGCUUAUGGAAUGAAUGCCUUUGAGUUCCAUGAUGCAAAUCCAAGAUUUAAUAGGCUUUUCAAUAAGGGGUUGUCUGAUUGCUCUAGCAUCACGAUGAAGAAAAUUCUUGAGAUUUACAAAGGGUUUGAGGGUGUUGGAUCUUUGGUUGAUGUUGGGGGUGGAACUGGGGCUAUCAUCGGCAUGAUUGCCUCCAAGUAUUCCUCCAUAAAGUGUCUUAAUUUUGACUUACCCCACGUUAUCAAAGAAGCUCCAUCUUAUGCAGGUGUGGAACAUGUGGGUGGAGACAUGUUUGUGAGUGUUCCAAAAGCUGACGCUAUUUUUAUGAAGUGGGUAUGCCAUGACUGGAAUGAUGAGCAAUGCUUGAAAUUGUUGAAGAACUGUUAUGAUUCUCUUCCUGACACUGGAAAGGUUAUUUUAGUUGAAGGGCUUAUUCCAGAAACCCCAAAUUCUAAUUUAGCUUCAAAGUGUGAGUUUCAAAUGGAUAUUGUGAUGUUGUGUCAUAGCCCAAAUGGAAAAGAGAGAACAGAGAAAGAAUACAAGGCUUUGGCUAAAGGAGCUGGAUUCCAUAGUUUCAGAAUAACAUGUUGUGUUUUCAAUACUUAUGUUAUGGAGUUCCUUAAAAAGGCUUAAUUCUUAUCUUCUCCCACUUGUGUUGCAGUUAUGUUUUGAAAAUAAUUUGUUGGCUACAAAGGUUUCCUCCCUCCUAUAUAUGUUUCCUUUGUUUUUAUUAUGACAAAUCAAUAAAGAUGUUAUAAUCAUACAUUAUCAACUAUAAAAUGUUAAUUACAUCCUUUACCACCAUAAAUUUAAAAUAUUAUUGGUUAUGAUUUUGUCGUUAAAAGAUGUCUUGUAGCCAAUAACAGCUUUUUCCCUUUGUAUCCAACAAAUUAUUCUCAAAAUAUAACUCUAACGCCAUUGGAAGAAGGUAAAAUUUAAGCCUUUUUAAGGAACUUCAUGACAUAAGUAUUGAAAACACAACACCUUAUUCUAAAACCAUGGAAUCUAGCUCACCAUAAAAGAUGUUGUGUCAUAGCCUAAAUGGGAAAGAGAACAAAGAAAGAGUACGAGACUUUGACUAUAGGAGCUGCAUUUCAUGUUUCAUAAUAGUAUAUUGUGUUUUCAAUAUUUACGUUAUGAAUUUUCUUAACAAGGCUUAAUUCUAUCCUCUCCUACUUACGUUGUAGCAAUUAUGUUUUGAGAAUAAUUUGUUGGUUACAAAUCAAUAAAAUUAUAAUCAUACAUUAUCAACUAUAAAAUGUUUAUUA